AUGUUUGUGUCGCUCAUUUAUCGUUGGAAGACGCAAAAUGUUGGGCAUCUCGAAAUGCGUCUCAACGCCAUGAAACUGUUGCCGUUCUUUUUUGCGAUCCUUCCUUCUUCUACCCAUUUCCACAACAUUGAUGCAUCGCCAUUGAUUGAGCAUCUGAAGCAUGUGACCAUGUCGACACAGACUGCUAAUGAAGAUCGUUACAAGUGCGAUCCGAGCUGGGAGUGGGUCGAGGGUUCAGAGUCGCGAUUGCUUUGUGCCAUUAUCGGCUCACACUUUUCAUCUCUGUUUGAGGACGACAUGUCCUCGUCUUCGGGCAAUAUCAAGUACAGUAUCUCGUGGUCUGGAAUGUGUGCCGCGUCGAGCUUGUACAUGCAUAGUGUCCUGAAACUUUGGGAUGGCGGCCAAGCCAUGGACUCCAGUCUGUUGCGGCGGUUUCUCUGUAUAAUGAAGAAGGAUCUUGACGACACUAUAAGUGACCUGAGAUCAGACGAUACUUCCGACUUUUGGUUCUGGAGAGCGUUUCUUGAACACGGAGAUCAGCACAGCCAUCAAGACCCUGAACAGUUUGGCGAGCCACUUUACGAUGUCCCGCUAUUUCAGACAAACGCCAUCUCAUCCAACCUGAUUGCAAAGCCAGACAGCCGAAACACAUAUGGCGUACAACUUCAUUUCGAACCACGUACACAAAGGCCUUCUCCAAACCCACCCAGACUGCACACUGAACGGCGUCGUCAAAGUCUGAAGAGGAAUCAUGUUAGCCGCUCGUGCUUUAGUGAGGAAUCCGCCUCUGGACGGGAGACCGUGUACUCGCGGCAUGCGAAAUCAGAGCCAGCCAAAGCCUCUGGGUCAUGCCGGUCAUGCACAUUUUGCAACGAGACAGAUACUCCCAGGUGGCGCCAGGGACCUGAGGGACGUCGGACCCUCUGCAACGUCUGCGGUUUGAUCUAUGCCAAGAGGCAGUCUAGAGGUAAAUCACUGAUUGUUCCCAGAGGACAUAGUCGUGGUACCCGUGACACUGUCUCCGAAGACUCUUCACGACAAUCAUAA